AUGCCAAACCUUCGUUCCAAAACGCGUGCUCAAGAAGCCUAUGAUCUCAUUGUACAACGAAAAGAGCACCAGGAAGCUAUAGACAAAGGAGAAAAGAUGUUUCGGGAGGCGUGGAUUCGGGGCCUAGAGGAAGAUCUCCGUCACGGGAAGGGCAAUCGGCGUACAAGAAUAGAGUUAGAGACUGCCAAGGAGUGGUUGGCCAGACACAUUCGCAUGUCAGACGCUCGUACUCGUCGCUUCGAGGAGCAGCUGAACCCUCGAAGAGCUAAUUUGCAGCAUCGUUAUGAUGGCGAAGCAGCAUUGCUUUACUGCGCAAGGACGCCACAGGGACAACCAGCCUACCUGCCCAAUGAGCUUUGCGUCAAAAUCGCAGGCAUUAACAAUAGGCCAGCAACAUGGGACAAACCUCUGGAGAUGCCACUGGGCAUGGGAUUCAGGGUGCCAGACCAAAGUCCAGAAGAUAAUCAAGCGUUGAGCACCUUGUUGCCUGUGAUACUCACCGCUGGUGGUGAAGUCUAUUCCAGCCAUAAAUCAUGCCCCUACCAUCUUUUACCAUAUACACUCUGCAAGGAGGACAUCUAUCGCGAGCACAGUGAAGCACCAGAAGACUCAUGUGAGGGUGACAACAUCCUAGAUCUAUGCAUAUGGGUAGGACAGAACUGCAUCCGAAUUCUGCGCUUUUCCGACGGCACACCGGGUAGGAAGCUCUACAUGCAUGUAUUUGGAGUCACUUCAUCUGAGAUGGAGCAAGGGACAGGAGCGGAGAGUGGCGACGUCAUCAGAAUCCCCAUUUCUUCAGUCCCUCAUAUCCACAGUCGCUCGCCUUAUGGCGAAGGAACCGAACUCGAUGCCUACCCUACGCGUACAGAUUCGGGGAGCGCUGCAGAGCCAAUACGCGGAAGUGGGAUCCGGAAAGCCUGGUUGAGAGAUCUUUGGUCGAAAGAAGCCGCUGUAUUGGUUGAGCCCAAGGCUUUUCGCGAUCACUUAGCGAACGAACGUACAUUUCUAGCAUGGCUACGAACCUCGUUGGCUCUGUCAAUGAUAGGCAUCUUCACCACACAGCUUUUUAUUCUUCAAGCUGGUCAUCUUCCUCACAUGAACUUGAGUUUCUUUGUUCUUGGUGUACCGCUGGGCUCGUUGUGCCAGGCCGCCGCGCUUAUCAACAUCAUCAUUGGUGCUUAUCGAUUCUGGCGGCUUCAAAGGGGCAUGGUCAAGGGUCAAGCAUGUGCAGGUGGCUGGGAACUCUUCCUUAUUGGUGGAUUAGUUACACUUAUCAUUUUGGCAUUCUUCAUUCUGGUCCUGAUGAGUGAUUCCGACCAACACACACCGUGA